AUGCCGGUGAAGGGUGAAGUUGAACAAUACUUGGAGAGUGCUACCGAACCCGAGGAUAAUGCAUUUGAUGUUCUUGAUUGGUGGAAAAGAGACAAACAUUACCCUACUUUGAAAAAAAUUGCAAAGGAUAUUCUUGCAAUUCCGGUCUCAUCGGUUGCUUCGGAAAGUGCAUUUAGCAUGGGUGGAAGAGCGGUUAGUGCUCACCGUUCUAGGCUUCACUCACAAACCGUGGAGGCUUUGAUGUGUUUGCAAAAUUGGAUGAUUGAUGAUGUCAAAGACACCCUUGAAGGAACUCAUGUUUGUUCCACUAUUAAUGAAGAUUGUGAGGAUGAUGCGGAAAUGAUAGAUAUUAUUGACAUGGAUGUUGAUGAUAUUAGUAGCGAUGAAGAUUAG